CACCGGCGGCUCCCGGGGAGGCCGGGCAGGAAGAGGAGUGGCCGCCGAGCCCCACCUGCGCCCCGCCGCCUCCAGGUGCCGAGACGGAAGCGGCGGUGGCGGUGAGGGAGCCGGCGCCCGCCUCGGCGCGGGGCCCUGCGGGAGAUGGCGGGGGGCCGGGCGCUGGCCGCGCUCCUCGCCGCCCUCCUCGCCGCCUCGGCGCAGCUCCCCCGGCGGGAAGCUUCAUUUACAAUCCCUCUUCGUGUGGUGGACAACAUCACAGUUACAAUUAAAUUGAGACCUGGUGUUUUAUCGGACUGUCGAAUUAGUGUAAAAAAUAUACGCAGGCCUGAACUGAAGAUAAGACCUGGGGAGAAUGUGACUUUCACCUUCACUUGUAGUACUCCAGAGAAAUAUUUCAUCAUGGAAAUUCAGAAGAAUAUUGACUGUGUAUCAGGCCCAUGUCCCUUUGGAGAUGUUCAUCUUUACCCACCAGGACUACCUCGCCUUAACAGGACUUUCAUCUGGGACGUGAAGGCGAGUACAAAGGCUGGACUUGAACUGAAAUUUGCUACCCCAUGGUUAAGACAGAUUCAGCCAGGAGAGUUGUGUCCGGAUUUAGUUAGCUACAACAUCAAUAGCUGCAUAGAUACAGCCACAGUCAACAUUGGCACCUUCUGCAGAAAUGGUUCAGUGUCUCGCGUCAAACUGCUGGGAGGAGUUGUCAUGUCUCUGCACCUCCCGUGGAACUCUGCUCUCACCACCUCGGGCUUUAGCAUCGCAAACAGGUCUUCCAUAAAACGGUUAUGCAUUAUUGAAUCCAUUUUGAACAGGGAGUCUUCCGUCACACUGAUGUCCCCAAACUACCCCUUGGGCUUUCCAGAAGAUGAGCUCAUGACGUGGCAGUUCGUAGUUCCUUCCAACUUGAGAGCAAGUGUGUUUUUCCACAACUACAGCCUCUCCAAUUGCGAGAGGAAGGAGGAGAGAGUGGAGUAUUACCUUCCUGGCUCCGUCAGUAACCCAGAGGUGUUUAAGCUGAGUGACAGCCAGCCUGCCAAUAUUGCUGGCAGUUUCAACCUGUCCCUGCAGGGGUGUGAUCAGGACGCUCAGAACCCAGGCAUCCUCCGCUUGCUCUUCCAAGUCAUCAUUCAGCAUCCUCAGAUUGAUGAGAAUGUCACCCAUUUGGUUGACCUCAGCAAGGAGCGGAAUAUGACUGUAACGAUACACUUUGAAGGCUGGCCCAGUCGAGUCCCGCUCAUGUCUGAACCGAUAUGCCUGAUCUGCAAGGAUCCUCGCACCUGCGACCGUGUUCUGACGCUGGUCUCUGGCGCCAUCUACAAGAUCUCCUUUCUGUGCAAGGACUUGUCCCACCUGAGGAUCACAGCUGAAAAGGGCAUAAGCUGUGUAGAUCUCCGGUGGUGUCAGAAGAAGAUCCAUGCCCUUUCGGUGCCCAAGGCUAUUACCCAAUUGCCAGUUCUGCUGCAUAAAUUUAUUUGGAAGCUCAUAGCUCCCGAAGUGAUAAAUGUAGAAAUUACAUCUCCGUCCUUGAAACUGCAGCAGCACCUUCCAGAGCAGAGGUGUAACACGAGCUACAGUUACAGCAUUGUUAGUGCCACCCCAGAGAUGGACUUGAACGUUGGUAUAUUCUGUCCUGGUGGAGCCAUUGAAAAGAUUCAGCUGAGGAACAAUAUCACCAUAUCCUUGAAAACAUUUGGUAAAGGUUUUUUCAAUGAUUCUAAUCAUCAGGAUCUGAAAAUGUCUUUUGUGCCACAUAUUAAAGAUGAGUGUACCUUCACUGUGAGUCCAGAUCCAAAAGCUAAAAUUUACUUGCAGAGUCCCAACUCACCUUAUGGUCUACCUCCUUAUGUCUCCAUAUCCUGGUAUGUCAUUGUGCCCAGCAAGCAAGUAGCCCGCCUGGGGUUCUCCAAGGACCGCAUGGGCAUUGCCUGCGAGACGGGGCGUGCCUACGUCAACAUAAAGGAACAGACACCCGGGGCAGAGGAAACUGUGCGCCGCGAGGAUGAGCUCCUGCCUGAGCCCCGAAAUAUGCACCACAACUUCUGGGUAAACGUCUCCAACUGUAAACCUGUAGACAAGAUGCAACUGACCUUGCAGUUCUGGGUGACCUUGGCUGAAAAACAGAUAGAUCUAGCAGUGAUACUUGCUGUGCUGGCUGGGGCUGGAGUUCUUGCAGCUAUUGGACUCACUGUGUGCUGUGUUAAGAAGAAGAAGAAGAAAAGCCAGAAUCCCAUGGUGGGAGUAUACAAUGCUAACGUCAAUACCCAGAUGCCUGGAAAACAACGCCUAUUCAAAAAAGAUAGGAAAAACAAUGAUUCUCACGUCUAUGCAGUUAUUGAUGAUGCUAUGGUCUAUGGGCACUUGCUGAAAGAAUCCAAUGGCUCAGUCGCUCCAGAAGUUGAUGUGUACCGGCCUUUUGAUGGGCCCAUGGGUAGCUUGCCACCUUCUCCACCUCCGUUCUCUUUCAGAAAAGACAUUAAACGCUCUCCUAGCACAGAGGAACCUCCACCUCUGGCAGAAACAGACCAUGACUCUUACACAUUUGCUCAUCAGAAAUCAGGGGAAUUGGAGGACAAUGGGGAUAAUACAAAUGAGAAGAAUAAUGGAGAUACAAGCACGCCUUUCCUGGAGGAUAAGGAACAGGAGGAUUUAGAGGAGUAAUUUUAUGCCAGGCCUGGCAGUUUCCUGUGGAAAUACAGAUACCCUGUAAGGACAAGGUUCUAGAGGAAAAAAAAAACAAACAAAAAAAAGGAAACAGAAGAGGAGUGUUAUUUUUAAAUGUGUUUUGAUACCGUUUUGGCCUUGUUUGUUUUUUUAACUUCAGCUGUUGGUAGCUUCUAGUUUUAGAGUGAAUGUCUAGUGAACUCAAACAGUGGAGCACUCCAGGAAUGUGUACGCAUCUGGUUGUGGAAAUAGAUGGCAAAGGUAUGCUCCUGCUUUUUAUUAUAAAACUCUCAGGAGAAGGAAUUCAUAACAGUACCAGCUUAAAACUGUGGCAGCUAAUAGAGUGAAGAGUCUUCUGUCCAGUACUUCCUCCUUUCUCACGAGUCCUUUGUCCUGAGUGUUUGCUGGUGACUUUUUGAAGACAUGAACCAUGUCAUGUGCUCAGGGCAGCUCCAAAUUGCACGCAUGUGCGUUCAUUUUCCUAAUGUCUAAGCAAAGGAGGGGGCAGACUGUCAUUUCCAAAGCUUGCAGCUUGAAAAUUCAUUGUAUUUAAUGUAGUCAUUGUUAUGGAAGUGUACUGAAAGACAAUGUAUGCAGUCUGGAAGAGCUCCGUGCAUGUAAAUCAGUGUGAAUACUUGAGCUUGGGCUCAUCUGGCUCAGAAGUAAAGUUAUGGGUUUUUCUCUGAUUUUCAACUGAUGUUAUAAUACUUCAGUAGCACUGUGUGACCCUAUACCAAAGAAUGUUUUUUCUCUAUGCUUUUUUUUUUUUUUAAAAAAAAAAAGUUUUAAAAUUCUAAAAACAAUUUGCACUUUGGUUCAGAUGCCUGUAGCACAUCUUGCUAGUGUCUUGACCUUGUGGUCCAAGUAAGAGUAAGGAUUUGAUGAAGAAAUGACAAUGCUGUCAUUCAGCUGUUUACUAAUGCGUUUCACUUCAACUGUUAGAAAUGCUUGGUUAUUUAAUAAGGAUAAGAAGCGGGUUAAAGAAAAAUAGAUUGUUUCCAGCAGGCAGUUUCUCUGAAAUGUAAAGUGUAUGAGUGAAUCCAUUAUAAAGGCCCACUUUUUGUGUUUUUUGGUCAUCAGUCUGAAUUUAACAACUGUCUUGAAAUGAUGGUGGAGAUAACUCUUGAUUUCUAGUGGGACUUAUACUUCAGUCAUGUAGCUGCCGUUGAAAACCACCUCUUGCAAUUAAGGUAAAUAAUAGCUUCCAUUUCUGUGUGCUGUACUUAGCAUGUCCCUCAGCUUCUGUGCCUUUUACAACUUGAGGGUCACAUCUUCAUGCAGAGGACCACGGGUAUAUGACUUAAGGUGGCUUUUAUAUACAAACAUCUGGCUUGUCUAGGUGCGCAGUUACUUAGGAUGUUUGCAAUUUUGCGAGCAGCACAAGACUCGGCGACUUGAGAAUUUCUCUCCAAAUGUUUUACCAUGACUGUUUCUUUCCUAAUGAUGCACAGAGGUACCAUAUACCAGAGGUGUUGCAUGCAAUAACAUUAAAUGUAUAAUAACAUCGAAGAUGAAAAUGUCUUCACUAGAAACCCUACUGUUUACAUCAAAAGAAAUGUGGAUUUCUUCCUGUGUUGUCAAUUUGCAAUGCCAGCACAGUUUAUGGUCAAGUUUGUAUAUUUAACAAUUUAUACCAUUAUACUUCCUGGACUAGUGUGAGAUUAAGUAUAAUGUCUUAUUUGUCUCAGUUUUCUGUAGCAUGUCGAAAAACACAUGCCAGCUAAAAGUGCCUUUUAAUUGUUUAAUAUAUUUUUCUGCUUAUAUUUAGCACGUUUAAUACAGAAAUAUGUAUUUCUAGAUCUCUGGCUGGUCACUGGGAUCACAUAUUUCAAAGUGUACUGGGGGUAUUUUCAUGUCAUGUGAGAACUUGAAAAGAUUUCUGCGGUACCGAUAUAUCUUUUUCUCAGGUAACUGAAUUGCCACAGUAUGUUUUAUCAGGGUAGUCCAGUUAUGUGUUCAUCUGGUCAAUGCUUCUCUCUUCUCGUUUCUUGAAAAGGAAUGUAUUCGUGAGAGAAACUUAAGGCUGUCUCGUUCUUCCAGCUCAGUUUCUGCGGUUGCUUAGGUGAAAUCUUUGAGUUCAUGUUCUUUCUGACAAACUGAUGAAAAUGUAGUAGAGGUUAGGCUUUUGUUUACAACCUCUUGAUAUCAGAAGGAAGAAUAUGAUGCUUAUGGAUGUCUUUUUAUUUGUUCUAUUUUAACUCAGCUCUUGGUAUGACAAUAUAAACCUUAGACUGGAGACAACUGUACACUAAGGUUGACUUUUCACUGUGCUUAUGUUGGUACAUUUAGGGUAAAAGUUCAGGCACAAAUUGCAGUUCACUUUUCCAUACGAGAAAGUUGUGACUUUUUUUUAAAUAAAUAAAAAGUAACUAUACUACCAGCUAGAGUAAUUAGCGUACGUCUUUCUCAUGUCUCUGUGUGUAACUAUAUGUAUGUUACGUGAGUGGAGUUAAGUAGAGGGAACUUCAGAAGAUCGCCUGAUCAUCUCUGAAGGGAUCACUUGAGCUUUCAGAGUGAAUGAUCCCUGCAGUCCUGCCAGCUUGGUUUAGUUUUCUGCAUGGAAACAGCCUCCACUGGAGUGAGCAGGGCAAGACUUGGUGCUCCAGAGUACACGAGCACCCCUCAGCAGUCCCGUGGAGCAGAGGAGUUUCCUGAAGGAUUUCAGGAACAAGCAUCCUUGCAGGGAAAAGAGGGAGGGAUAAUUUUAUCAACUAGUAUGUAAGUGUCCAGUUCUGUAGGCUUCAUGCUGGAAAAACUUGUACAGAUUUUAGUGAUAGUGUUGCCUUCGUAUGGAGUACAGGGUCAGCCUCGAGUAUGUUGGUGUGUCAGUAGCCUUAUCACCCUAGAUGACAGCAAUGGGUUUCUGGAGAACCUGUUUUGCCAUAAUAUAGUGCUGACUAUAAGCAUCCUUUUAGUUGCAUCGCCAGUGAUAUGCUAUUAAUUGCUGUUUUUAAGGCGUGUUUAGAUCAGUUGGGAAAAGGGUUGUAAAAUACGAGAAGCUUUCUGCACGAGUGUCUCAGUGGCUUCUUGCUGGGGUUGUGAUGUUUGUGAUUUAUUCAUGUCAAACUGACACACACAACUGAAUUCCACAUCAAGUUCUCUUCAUUCGUGCCAUUUUAUUACUAGCCUUCCAGCCCAGAAAAUGGAAAAUGUGUGAAGCCCUUCUUUGUUCUAAAUCAAAAUGCAAAGAAUCCAUAAAUGUCGACUGCUUGCUUGUUUCAUGUGUUUAUUUUGAAGCGAAUUCAAUGCAUAUAGGAAAUGAGGUUUGAAAUCCUCACUAUUUCUGAGGAUUUUGGCAAUCUCUGGGAAUGGCUCUUAGCCUGAAUUAGUUGGACCUGCUCAUGGAGGGCAGAUUGAGCAAGGAUUAGCCAGUCCCUAGCCCCCCUCCAAAAUCACCACUCAGUAUGAAUGCAAAUGAAGGUACCACUACUUGCUGCUUGGGUUUGAUUCUGUGUGGUUCUGAAAAUCCUGAUGUAUCAAAAUGCUAAAUAAUUGCUUUAUUUGAAAUGCAUAUUUGAAUAGUCUAGUGCUGUUUCCAGAUAAAUCAAGAGCCAGGUUACUGUAGUUUGGAUCAGAGUAAAAGUUGGAGACCACCAUUAAGAAGAAAUGAAAAAGCUGGUUUUGUUGUUGACACCAGACUAAUACCGAGACUUCAGCUCCUCAGUCUGACAGAGAAUAAAUUUAAAUAUGUGAACAUUGUCAGGGGAAGGGAGCAGGGAGAAAGCAAAAUGUUGAAAGGCUCUCAUCUGAGAACACAUCUCUGCCAGCCAGCAUCUAAAUGAGGGCUGUGGUGUGCACAAAGUGGGAGCAAAUCUGUGUUCCCAAAAACUUUGAAGCUAAAAAAACUUUGAAACUUUGAAAACUUUGAAACUUAAAACCAUAUAGGAAUCAUUCCUGUAGUAUAAAUGGCUUUUUAAGUCCAACUUUUAGUGAUUGUUUUUGAUCAAGUAUAGCUUCCCAAUAAUUAAGUGUGGGUUAGAUGAUUUUAUUUGAAAUGGAGGUGUUAUGGUGGGGAAAAGAUCCCUUCUGGAAGAAAGGAAAGUGCUUUUACAGGGACUCAAAUUUUGCCAUCUUGUUCUAUCUGCAUAAAUGAAGCAUGGUGAAUUGUUUCAAUUAGCAACACUCCUAACAUAAAAAGGUUUUCUUUUUUUUUUUUCUUUGUGGUUUUGGCUGCUUCCAUCUCUUGUAUUAAAGAAUUGCUGCACUGCUGCAUACACUUCUGGGUAAGAUAAAUCCUAAAAACCAAGAAGCGACAGCUUUGUUUCAUGCUACAUAUAUAUAUAUAAAAUCUGUAA